GUAGCUUCGAUAAUCUACCAUGGCAGAAAAGAAACCCAUAGUGGUAAGAUUUUUCAGUAGUAUUAGUUAUGUUCGUAUUUCAGGAUACAAAUACUCGCAGGAAACGGUUCUAACUGAAGUUUUGGAAACAGUUGCUAAAAACACAUCGGCCCAAAAAGACUCAGUUUACAAGCGGCAUCGAUCUGAUACCGGCAUAAUUAAAAAAUGGAUGAAUUGAGAACACGUACUGCAUGUUCAUACAUAACUAAUUGAAGCUUAUUGCGGGUAUAAUAUAUCAUACAUAUCUCGAGAUUCUCGUUUUAAUUUUCGAUGUUCUUCAGUUUUCAAACUUGAGAACAGUUUUGAGGGGACAAAAUUACAUUAUACAGUAAUAAAUUGACAUUCAAAUUAGUUCUCACGAAUUUUCUGAGAUCAUGAAUUCGAGGGAAUAUUAAUUUUGAUGUUUUAUACUUAAUAUGGCACGCUAAAUAGAUUUUCAUUGAGUCAAACAUUGAGCCGACAUGCAUGCAAGCUUUCUGCAAUGGGAAUUUCUCACGGAUAUACAUUUUAAUAUAUAGUCUACGUUGAAUAAAUUUAUUAUUAGUAUACAUAGUGUAUAUACUUCCUUUCCACUCUAAAAUCUGUGCAUAUUUAAUAAAGUUAUAGAAAAUAUUCCCAGGGUGUUUGAUCUGUACUAGUUUUUUUAAAGAGAUUUGCGAUGUGUUUCUUGUUUCAACUUGAAAGUUUCACGCGACGGUAAUGUGUUUUGAUUGGCAAAAAGUUGCCAGCUUUAGCUUCAAUUAUACUGUACAUGCAUGAGGUAUGCACAUAGAUAUGCAUAGUAAUAACAGUGUAUUUGGCAUGAUGGGCUGUUGCAUGAGGGCUGCCUAUGCUAUAUUGUAAAACUGACAUUGUGUUUUUGUGAUUCCUGCGACCAUAGACAUUCAAAGGAAUGUCUAUGCUGCGACUGACUGCAGGAUCAGGCAGAGAUUCGGAGCUGGGAGUUCACCUGUCUGGAGCGUGUAGCUUGACUGAUCCUGGUAAAACCAGGAACUUCGACAAUAUAUUAAAACUGGCCAUGUAGUCACUUGCAAAAUUUAUAAUUUAUUAAUUUAGAAGAACAGCGAAUGUGUAUUACUAUAUUUGACUUUGUUUAUGCUCGAAUUCCCAACUAGGCCAAAAAGCUAUAGUUGUUCUUUAUUCUUUAUGAAAACAGAAAACCAAACGUGAAGUGGAACGAAAACCAGCAAAGAAACCCUUGGAAAAUAUCAAUUCAUUUGUCUACAAACUUUGGACAUUGGUCAAUGAUGAAUGUACUCCGUCCAUACAAUGGAGCCUGGAUGGCGAGAAAGUUGUCAUUGAGAAUCCAGCAAAGUUUACCGCCAAAGUUCUUGUUGCUAGCGAUAAACAACUUUUCAAAACAAAAAAUAUUUCAAGUUUUAUUCGACAGCUGAAUAUGUAUGGAUUUCGUCGUGUAAAGGAGAACUCUGGCAAGAUCCCGCUGAUAUUUAAACAUGAAUCUUUCAAACAAGGACGACCAGAUCUUUUAGGUUUGUAUCUAUAGAAUCGUGGUUUGCAUAUUAAUUUUAUUUUUGAAACCGCCUCAUGUGUUGCAUUUUACUAGCUUAAUAGACCUUUCCCCUUAUGAGUAAAAUUUUGAUCUAAAUAUGCCUGGACAAAAAUUUCACCACAGCUUGAAAGAGCAUCACAAAAUUAGUAAUAUUCCGAAGUUUCGUUGCGAAAUGUUGUAAAAUGCGGAUAAUGUAGCCUUGCGAAGUUUGCCGUUUUUCAGUCAUUUUGCAUUACAAACGGGAAAUUGAUAACCAGUUUGAUCAUCUGAUUAUCAAUUUCCCGUUUGUAAUGCAAAAUGACUGAAAAACGGCAAACUUCACAAGAUUGGGGGGCACCGGCUUCCAGGAACACUUUGGAUAUUGAAAAGGGCACCUAAAACAUUUUUCCCGGAAACGUUGGCGACGGGAAGGGGGGAGGGGGGAGAAAAACGUACGUCAUACUUACCAUACCGAAAUUGCACGUUUUUGACCACAUUCUUUUAUAAAACAUCGAAAUUUCCAAACAAAAAGGACACCUUUGAUGUUCAUUUAGUAAUUUCAGCGACAUUAGCUUGGAACUUUUCAUCACAAAAUAGGGCACUUUUGAUCCUUUGAAAACAUUGGGGGGGGGGGGGGCACGUGCCCCCUGUGCCGUCCGAUUCCUACGCCCUUGCCUGUUUUGGUGUUGUUGCCUGUUGGAUUAAUACCGUCUCCAGACUUGUCACAACAACUGGGAACAAGGCCUAGGAAUGCGAACACAUCCCAAUAUCGGCUUCACAAAAACCUUGUUGGCAUUGUUGCAACUUUGUUUGCAGUCUGAACAACUUUUGCGCGUUUUUACAUGUGUAAAAAAUCAAUAAAUAAUUUCUUGCAAACCACUUUUAUUCCUUUGCCGUAAGGCUAUAUAAAUACUCGUAUCCGUACUUUGAACACCCAAACAUCAAAGGGUAUACAAACUGUUGAUAAACGUCACUACUGAUGGCACAGUCUAUCCGAUGUAGAUUUUCUCGAGAAUUUUCUGUGCUACCCUAAAUAAACGUAUUAAGAUCGAGGUUCUGGAUUUAGUUUUCUUUUACGCUUCGUCUGCGCGCUGGACGAGAGACCUGUUCGAGUCACGCGAGUAAUAGUGGACACGCAAAGAAAGUUAGAUUUCAUAUUGAAUUAUAUAGUUGAACUUUCCUACCCUACGUCCACGAGCAUCAAAGUGAACAGGGUGCAUCGUCCCACGUGGACAAAGUAUUGCAAUUGCAGCUAUACGCGUAAAAAUCUCACAUCUUGUAGCAAGUCUGCCAACAGCCGUCAACAAGUUGUGUUCGCACUGCUUGUCCCAAGGUGUCAACAAGUUUGGAACAAAUUGUUAACAACUUGUAACAACCUUGUUGAUAUAAUAUCAGACUUGUUGCAUGCAAGGUUGUUCCAACAAGUCCGAUACAGACAUGAUAUAACAAUAUUGUUACAACCAUGUGUCGGCAACCUUGUAACAUUCUUGUUAUAUAUCACAACUGUAUCAGACUUGUUAGAAUAACUUUGCUACGAAUCUGAUAAUGCCAUCAAGCUUGUUACAAAUUGUUAACAGCUUGUUCCAAACCAAACUUGUUACAACAACUGGGAAGGCAGUGCGAAGACAACUUGUUGACAGCUUGUGAACAGAUUUGUAACAACUUGUUUGCAGACUUGUAACAACUUGUGCGUUUUUACGUGUGUGGCCUACACACGUAAAAAUCUCACAACUUGUCAACAUGAUGUGUUCGCAACAGGCUUGUAGCAAGCUUGUCAACAAGUCGCAACAAUGCUGUCAUUUUAUCAAGUUGCUACAAGGUUGUCACUCACAAUUUGUUGACAAGUUGUUGAAUUGCAGGACGAUAACAAGUUGUUGAAACAACUUGUAACACGUCUGUUGAGCUCAACAACCUUGUAGCAAGUUGUCAACAAGCUGGGAGCAAGCAGUGCGAACACAUCCUGUUGACAAGUUGUUGGAACAGCAUUGAAACAAGUCUGCUGCAGGCUUGUUACAACUUGUGAGUUUUUACGUGUGUAACAGUCAGCAAGUUAUUAAACAGUUCAGCCUUUUCAAUGAUGGUUUUUAAGGCGCAUUUCAACCCUUUUCAUUGAAAAAAAAAACAACUAGGAAAGUCAAUUAAGCAUAACUCAAGAUCAGUGAACUCAAUAUUUUUAAUAAUAAAAAUGUUAAAAAAAUGUUAAAAACAUUUAGUUCACUGAUUUUGAAUUAUGCUUAAUUGCUUUUCCUAGUUAGUUUUUUCAAUUAAAAGGAUUGUAAUUCAGUCAUUCAAAAGGCUGAACUGUGCCUUUAACGCCAUACAUGCUCAUGUUAUUCUUUUUUAUCAAUCUGUAGUGGAUGUAAAAAGGAAGAAAUCUACACCAUUAAAACAACCAAUCACUUCAGCUGCUCUCCCACUUCCAACUCCAAAAGGUUCAAAACCAAUCAUCCAACAAAAUUACGUCCCCACCAUACCAGGAUUUUCUUUAUAUCCAAGCCUACCAAUUUCCCAACCUUAUAACCCGUAUUUCAACAAUCCCACCGUUGGGAAGAAUGUCUCUAUGCCUUUUGUCAAACCAUUUGUCAACCAUGGUCCAACUUUUAUCAAUAUGGCCUCACACCCCAUAAUAUUUAGUAAACCAUGGGUACCAGCGAGCACAAUUGAAGAGAACAAUACAAUCGUUCAGACACCAGAAAGUAAAGAGUUCUAUAACCUGGAAGUUCCAAGUGAACCGUUGCAAAAUCCCUGGCAACAUACACCAUAUUACAAAACAACGACGCCGUUACAAGAUCAUAAGACACCUACACCCUCUAACACCAUGGCACAGAAAGCAUUCAUGCAAUUCCAUGGAAACUAUUAUAUUCCUCAAUUAGGUUACCGCAACUAUGGCGACCCUACUGAUAGCAUGUCUUAUCAAAAUCUACGACAUGAUGCACUUUCUGCCAACCCUUACUUACCAUUCUCAUUCCCAGGGCCACCAUUUCCAAAAUCAGUCAGUUUGCCUAGUUCACCUAAAACGCCCGAACAUUUUCACAAACCGGUGCAGGUGAAGACUGAUGAAAGCACUAUUGCUAGUCCUACAACAAGCACAAAAGCUUCAUUAGAAUCGUUCGGUGUAUUUAAAUCCCGUGUGCCAAAAACGGAAGUCAACGAAGAGGUCAUCUUUGCAUUAACUGCCGACGAUGAAAAGGAAUGAUGAGACAUAAUGACAUAUUGAAUCUCGUGUUGUUGACUUUGAAACUUUGUGUUUUUCC